UGUAUUCUUUUUCUUCGGGUUUGGGUGUGGAAAUGGAAAUUUGUUAGAAUUUAAGGGAGGAAUUGGUGAAGCGCGAGGGUUGCUUCUCUCUGUCCGUGAAGUUUUUCAUAUCUUCGUAGGCAGACAAAGACAAGAAACACGCAUUAACAUACAUACGCAUUCCUCCCUCAUACUCCUCUCUCUUUUUUCCUGAUAGCAAUCGCAAUCGGAAAACAGCAGAGAAACUUUUGCUCUCCUCCUCAGCCGCACGAGGCUUAAACAAUACCAAAACAAAAGCAAGCACACCAAAGAAUCCAAGCGCUCAGACGCACCGCAGCGGAUUCGACCGGGCGACCGUGUUCAAUUGGAUUGGCUCGGCUGUGGGGAUAAGGGUUUGGGCAUAAAUAUUGUUUGACAUAGAAAUAAUUCAGCCAGCAUUUCUGAACAAGGCUGAUUCCCAUGUGAAUGAAAUAUGGCAUUUUAUGGUACUGCUGCUGAUCUGACAAAUGAAAAGGUUGAAGAGAGGGCGCAGCUUUCUUUGCAUAAUAUUGGGAGGGUAGAUGGUGGUUCAAGUGACAGGGAUAAAGAUUUUGUUGCACAUAUUCUGAGUGAAGAUGAAACAGUUGGAGUGGGUGGUCAUGAUGCCUUAGGCAGUAGGGGACAGGAGCAGGGGCGUCCGCAAUCUUCGAGGAGAAUGGUGGGCAAAUGGGGCUCUGGGUUUUGGAAGGAUCGCCAAAUGGUGGAUAUUGAGGAUGGUUCUACUUCUGACUGUGAGAAGGAUUCGAAAAAGUCAGACUCAGAUUUCCAAGUUGAAGAAGGAGGAGGAUCAGAAGCAUCUGAUGUUGGAGAAGCAGGGGGAGAUUAUUACGAGCACAAGGAAGGUGAACAGGAUAGGAAGGACCAAACAGAGGUAUCUGCUGAGGAGAUGCUGUCUGAUGAUUAUUAUGAGCAAGGUGGGGAAGAAAGAAGUCAAUCAAUAUCAGGCAACAGGAUUGGAUUCUUAAAUUCUAGGUUGCCAUCAAGAGCUAUUAAUGGAAACAAGAGUCUUGCAAAGAGAGUAAAGACUGUGAAAUCAGAUGAUGAUUACGAAUACCAUGAAGAGGAGGAGGAUGAAGAAGAUGAAGAUGAUCCAGACGAUGUGGAUUUUAUUCCUAUUUCUACUGGCAGCUGCCGAGGUCGGCGUCAAAUAAGGAAGGUUGAGCUCUCUGAAAGUGAAGAAUAUGUGGAAGAAGAAGAAGAGGAUCAAGAUGCAGGAUUUUCAGAUAGUGAUGAAGAUUAUACAGGGUGUAGUUAUCGAGGUAGCCGCAGAGUUACAAGAGCGGCUCAAUCUGGGAGAGGCACACAUUUUUUUAGUGGAUCUACACGUCCCAAAAGGGGGAGAAAAGCAUCAGAAGAGGAUGAAUCUUCUGCACAAGACACAGAUAAAGAUAGUGAUGAAGAUUUCCAUCGCCCAUCAGUGAAAGUUGCAACACUUAAUAAAAAAAGUGGGAUUCGGCAAACAUCAUCUGGGAGUAAGGUUAUACGCUCGAACGAAUUACGCACAUCAACUAGAUCAGUUCGUAAAAUAUCAUAUGCUGAAAGUGAAGAAAGUGCAGAUGAGGAAGAAGAGAGAGCAAAGAAGCGGGUCAAGAUUUCUGUGGAAGAUGUGGAAGAAGAUGAUGCCGAUGCAAUUGAGAGAGUGUUGUGGCAUCAGCCUAAAGGAAUGAUACAAGCUGCAGUUGAGGAAGAAGGGCAACCUGAUCCUGUUGUAUUUACCACCUCAAGAGAUGAGGACCUAGAUUGGAAUGAAACAGUAUUUUUGAUUAAAUGGAAAGGACAGUCGUAUUUGCAUUGUCAGUGGCAAACUUUGGCUGAUCUUCAACAUCUAAGUGGAUUCAAAAAAGUCUUAAAUUAUAUGAAGAAGGUGGAGGAAGAGUUUAACCUGAGGCAGGCACUCUCACGUGAAGAGGCAGAGGUUCAUGAUGUUGGCAAGGAAAUGGAGUUGGACCUUCUUAAGCAAUACAGACAGGUUGAGAGAGUAUUUGCAGACAGAACAGUCAAAACUGAGUCAGAUGAAGAGGUCCAGAAUUACUUGGUUAAGUGGAAGGGUCUCUCAUAUGCAGAAGCCACGUGGGAGAAGGAUACAGACAUUACUUUCGCUCAAGAUGCAAUUGAUGAAUAUAAGGCCCGUGAAGCUGCAAUGACUUUUCAAGGAAAAAUGGUGGAUGCCCAGAGAAAGAAAAGCAAAGGAAGUUUGCGUAAACUGGAUGAACAACCUGAAUGGUUGAAAGGAGGGAAGCUUCGUGACUAUCAAUUAGAAGGUUUAAACUUUCUUGUUAACAGUUGGAGAAAUGAUACAAAUGUUAUUCUUGCUGAUGAGAUGGGCCUUGGAAAAACUGUGCAAUCGGUUUCUGUUCUUGGGUUUUUACAGAAUGCUCAGCAGAUAGAAGGACCUUUUCUUGUAGUUGUUCCCUUGUCAACACUAACAAAUUGGGCAAAAGAGUUCCGGAAGUGGCUUCCAGACAUGAAUGUUGUUGUCUAUGUUGGCAACCGUGCAAGCAGAGAGGUUUGUCAGCAGUAUGAAUUUUAUUCCAAUAAGAAGUCUGGACGAAGCAUUAAGUUCAAUGCAUUGUUGACCACAUAUGAAGUUGUGCUUAAAGACAAGCACAUUCUUUCAAAGAUAAAGUGGAACUAUCUCAUGGUUGAUGAAGCACACAGGUUGAAGAAUAGUGAAGCCUCACUCUAUACAUCUCUGUGUGAAUUUAGCACAAAAAAUAAGCUGCUUAUUACUGGAACACCUCUGCAGAAUAGUGUUGAAGAGUUGUGGGCUCUACUCCAUUUCCUAGAUCAAGACAAAUUCAGUAAUAAGGAUGAAUUUGUGGAGAAAUACAAGGACUUGAGUUCGGUGACUGAGAAUGAGCUUGCUAAUUUACACAGAGAACUGCGGCCUCAUAUUCUACGAAGAGUCAUCAAAGAUGUUGAGAAAUCUUUACCCCCUAAAAUAGAAAGAAUUUUACGAGUUGAGAUGUCUCCUCUGCAGAAACAGUAUUAUAAAUGGAUUUUGGAGCGAAACUUUCAUGAUUUAAAUAAAGGAGUACGUGGGAACCAGGUAUCACUAUUGAAUGUUGUUGUCGAGUUGAAGAAAUGUUGUAAUCAUCCAUUUCUCUUCGAGAGUGCUGAUUAUGGGUAUGGUGGAGAUGGUAACUUGAAUGACAGCAGCAAAGUUCAGCGCCUUGUCUUAAGCAGUGGCAAACUAGUUAUUUUGGACAAAUUGCUUGUUAGGUUGCGUGAGACAAAACAUCGUGUCUUGAUAUUCUCACAGAUGGUCAGGAUGUUGGAUUUACUAGCCGAUUAUUUGUCUUUGAGGGGCUUCCAAUUUCAGAGAUUGGAUGGCAGCACGAGGGCAGACUUGCGCCAUCAGGCAAUGGAGCAUUUUAAUGCACCUGGAAGUGAAGAUUUUUGUUUCCUCCUUUCAACCCGUGCAGGUGGUCUGGGAAUCAAUCUGGCUACUGCAGAUACAGUUAUUAUCUUUGAUUCCGACUGGAAUCCUCAAAAUGAUUUACAGGCAAUGAGUAGGGCCCAUCGAAUUGGGCAGCAGGAGGUGGUGAAUGUUUAUCGUUUUGUUACCAGUAAGAGUGUUGAGGAAGACAUUCUAGAAAGGGCUAAGCAGAAGAUGGUUCUUGACCAUUUAGUUAUUCAGAAGCUCAAUGCAGAGGGUAGACUAGAGAAGAAAGAUCAAAAAAAGGGAACUUCAAUGUUUGAUAAGAAUGAGCUAUCUGCAAUUCUGAGGUUUGGUGCUGAGGAGCUCUUCAAGGAGGAUAAAAAUGAAGAGGAAGCAAAGAGGAAGCUUGAGAACAUGGAUAUUGAUGAAAUUCUUGCAAGAGCUGAAAAGGUUGAGUCAAAGGGUACUGGUGAGCAGGACGGAACUGAACUUUUAAGUGCCUUUAAGGUUGCAAGUUUCAGCAAUCCAGAAGAUGAUGGGACAUUUUGGAGUCGAUUGAUUCAUCCCGAAGCAAUAUCACAAGCUGAACAGGAAUUUUUGGCACCCCGUGCUGCAAGAAACACUAAAAGUUAUGCGGAAGUUUCCCAACCUGACAAAAAUGGGAAGAGAAGGAAGAGGGGGGGUGAAGUACAAGAAAGGGUUUCAAAGCGCUCUGGAAAAGUUUCAGAAGCACCUAUUCAAUUAUUGCCACGGAUUGAAGGGGCUGCUGGCUAUGUUUGUGAAUGGGCAGGUGGUGGUCUUUCAAAGAAGGAUGCAAGUAAUUUUGUAAAAGCGGUGAAGAAAUUUGGUGAUUCAAGUCGUAUUGUUUUGAUAGCAGCAGAAGUUGGGGGAUCGAUUGAAUCUGCUGCAUCUCGUGCCCAGGUGGAACUUUUUAAUGCUUUGGUUGAUGGAUGCAAAGAGGUUAUCAAAAAGGGAAAUGGUGAAGGCAAGGGGGCUAUCUUGGACUUUUUUGGUGUGGCUGUUAAGGCAUAUGAAUUAGCAGAACGUGUAAGAGAACUUCAACUUUUGUCAAAACGGAUCAAACGAUUUCAGGACCCUGUCACACAGUUUAGGUUGAAAACACACCCCAGGAAUCCUCCAUGGUCAAAAUCUUGCAGCUGGAACCAAGUGGAUGAUGCAAGGCUGCUUCUAGGUGUCCACUAUCAUGGAUAUGGAAAUUGGGAGAAGAUUAGGACUGACCACAGGUUGGGUCUGACUGGAAAGAUAGCUCCAGCUGGUCUUUCAGCUUCAGAAACUUUUCUUCCACGUGCUCCACACUUGGAUGCUCGGGCCUCUGCUCUUUUACGAAAGGAAUUUGAAUCUGAGAAGGAAACAAAUACAAAGAUCCUCUCAACUGAAAAGCCUAGUGCUAAGGGUGAGAAAUAUCUCUCAAAAACCUCAUUUGGAGAUUUCAAAGAAGGGCAUGGAAAGUCUUAUCAUUCAAAGCAGAGAAUUAAGCCAAAUAGGGAACAUUUUCAGAAACAUCUUAAGAUUGAGCGAGUGAAGGAGGAAGGUGAAAUAUCUGAAUCAGAAGAGCCUCAGUAUCAAAGAUACAGGGAGAAGAUUGACCAGGAGACGAAGGAGGAAAGAUGGAGAGAAUGGUGUGCGGAUGUCAUGUAUGAUCAGUUACGCACUCUAAAACGGCUGCAGAAAUUGCAGGCAACUAGUGUAGACCUUCCUAAAGAGGAGGUACUUUACAAAGUUAAGAACUAUUUGCAGCUACUUGGCCGGAAAAUUGAUGUUAUUUUGAAAGAACAUUCAAACUCGCGUAAUUAUUCAAGAAUGGUUACUCGGCUUUGGAACUAUGUUGCUACUUUCUCCAAUUUAUCUGGAGAACGCCUUUCUGAAAUAUAUAAGAAACUUACUCAAGAAGCACAUCAAGAUACGGGUGUCUCGAUUGACAACAGCAGCUUUGCACCUGGCCCUAGUAGCAGAGAUGUUGAUUCUAGUCAAUCGGCUUUGUUCCCUGCUGACCAUCAGAAUGCACGGAGGUAUCCAACUCUAGAACAUCUUGCGGGUACAUUUCAUAGGGACCAGGAGACUGGAAAGUCAGAAGCCUGGAAGCGACGCAGGAGAAUUGGUAUUUUUGAGGAAUGUGGUGGGCUGGAGAGUACAGAAAGGCCACCAGUGAGCACAUAUACACCAUAUGGAGCCUCAGCAAAUGGGAACAGAUCACACGAUUCAAGUUCAGCAGGUAUCUUAGGUUGUGCUCCUGGAGAACAAAGGAAGAUUGGAGAAAGAUGGAAUAGACAACAUUCAAAUUAUCCUUUAUCUGGACAGGAAUUUAGUAUACCCAGGCAAGGCAGGCAAACUGAACAUUCUUCCAUCCAAAAUAGUCAUUCUCCCUCUUUCAUUCGUUAAAUUGUUAACUGUAUGCUAGAUCUAUCUCAGUCUCACAAUACCUUAAAUCAAAAUCUAUUCUAUCUUGCUAUUGUAUGCUAUAUAGAGCACCAUUGUGGUAGAUAAGAGAACUGGCUACAAGGUAGUCGGAACCAAUUCCUUGUGAAUGGGUGAAGCUGGGCAAAGCAGGUGGUCCAUUGUUGGUCAAACCUCCUGCAUGACAAAAUGACUGUAAAUAUGAGUUGAUGGGGUUUAUCUCCAGAAAAAAAAAUGUCUUGCUACUAUGCCCUCAUUUUUUGUUCUAUGCAGGUAAUAAUGGUAUAUCCUUCAUUGGAUUCUCAAAUUGGAGAAAUUGUAAAUCAAUUUUGAAGGUCACCAUCAUAUGAAAGUCUAUUUGAAGAAUUGUGAAAUUUAUCUGGA